AUGAGAGAAGAUAGUUCUAACGAUCCACAUAUUAAUAAAAUAUAUACACAAAAUAAGACAAUAUGUCCAAAUGCACCCUUUUUAUAUAAUGAAGAACAUAAUGUAAACAAAAACGAAAAUGAUCAGAAUGAUCAGAAUAAUUAUUAUAAUAAAAAGAAUAAUGAUAUGUUAAUAUCAAAUAUUUCAGGAAUUAAAGACAGAAGAUAUUUCUCACAAUGUGUUGAUUCUAACCUUGAUAAGAAUUAUGUAGCUAUUGGAGAUACUAAAUGCAAUAAUGCAAGCGUAAGAUCUUAUUCUUAUAAAAAAGAAAUAUCUCCUCAUAACAACAAGAAUAUAAUGUUUAGAGAUAAAUAUAACCUUUCUAACGAUGAAAGGAAUUCUCAAAAUGUAAGAGAACAUCCUAUAUAUAAUAAUAACAAUGAACAUAUAACAAAUGAACACAUGACAAAUGAACACAUGACAAAUGAACACAUAACAAAUGAACACAUAACAAAUGAACACAUGACAAAUGAACACAUGACAAAUGAACACAUGACAAAUGAACACAUAACAAAUGAAGGAGAUUAUUAUCAAAAUAUGAAAUGUGCAUCAAGACCAACUUUAAAUGUAAGUUCUUUAAAUAUGAAAGAUAUGAAUGUACGUAUGAUAAAGAAUGAUAAAUAUCCAGAAGGUUAUAUAAAUCAAACAAUCUUGAAUAAUAACAAUAAUAAUAAUAAUAAUAAUAAAUAUAUUAUUGAAAAGGGAAAAUGUGCAAACGAAUAUUAUUUAUAUUCACAACCUUUAAGUCCUAUGGUAUUUAAUAAUAACAAUUCUGGAAAUAUAAUGCUCGAUAGAAACACAUUAAAUAAUUCUCAUAUGAAUAUGAAUAUGAGUACAUUCAAUUAUUAUAACAAUUAUAUAAACAACAAUACAGGGAAUGAACACAAAAUGGAUAAUAUUUAUAUAAAAGAAAAUAAACAUGUGAACGAGGAUAUUUUAAAUAACGAUAUGUUGAGCAAUGAUAUUCUAAACAAUGAGAUUGUUAGUAGUGAUAUAAUAAAUGAUAAUAAUAAUAAUAAUAAUAAUAUAAGGAACACUAUAACGGAUGGUAUGGGGAAUUACUAUACUUUGGGAUCUAAUAAAAUGAGAAUGUUCAACGUAUGUCGAAAUGUGGCACAAGCAUAUAAUAAUGGUAAUAACAAUAAUGAUGAUAAUAAUAAUGAUAAUAAUAAUAAUAAUAAUGAUAAUAAUUAUAAUUAUAACUAUGAACAUAAUAAACAGAAUUAUCAUAACAGGAGAGAAGGUUAUGGAGAUGUACUAAAUAAUAAUAAAGAUGAUAUAACUAAAGAAAUAGAAAAAAAUAUAUCUUUAUUAUGUAAUCAACCUCAUGUUGAUAAUUAUGAUAUGGAUAAUUCUAUAGGUAUCAAAGAAAACAAAGCAAAUAGAAAUUGUAUAAACCCUUUGAUAUCUAUUAAUGAAAAACAACAAAAUUGUUUUAAAGGUAAUUAUAAUGAGAAUAAUGUAGAGAUGAUAAGGAAUAAUUCAAUAUAUAAUGAUAAGACAACAAAUAUUAAUUAUGAAGAAGAGAAAUCAAAUAAUAUAAAAGAUAGGAAUGAUGUGCAUAUGAAUAAUACGUUUAUAUAUAAUACUACAUAUGAACCUUUGCUUAAUAGAAAUAUGAAUAUCUAUAAUAUUACUAAUAAGGAUAAUUAUGAUCAUAACCAAUAUAAUAAUCAUGAUAAUAAUCAAUAUAAUAAUUAUGAUAAUAAUCAAUAUAAUAAUUAUGAUAAUAACCAAUAUAAUAAUCAUGAUAAUAACCAAUAUAAUAAUUAUGAUAAUAACCAAUAUAAUAAUUAUGAUAAUAACCAAUAUAAUAAUCAAUAUAAUAAUCAACAUAAUAAUCAAUAUAAUAAUCGUGAUAAUAACCAAUAUAAUAAUCAACAUAAUAACCAAUAUUAUUAUAACCCUAUCAAUCAAUAUUAUAAUAAUCAAUAUUUUAAUAAUAAUUAUAAUCAAUAUCAUAAUAGUAGGGAAUAUCCUAUCAUGAAUGAUCCUUAUAACACGGAGAAUAGGCAAGAUGGAAAUCAUUUGAAGUACAACAAUUAUUUGAAUAAUACAUAUAAUGAUCAUAAUUAUCAUAAUAAUAAUAAUAUUAACAUUUCUACUUCAAAUAAUAAAGAAAUAUAUGACCAAAAUAAUGAUACGACAAACCAAAAUUUUCCACUCUCGAAAAACACAAAUCACUCUAACAAACAAACUAUUUUAUAUGAUAAGAACACGAUACCUAAUUAUUCUUAUUAUACAUAUAAUAUUAUUCAAAAUAAAUUCUUAAAAAACGAAACAGAAAACAAAACAAGAAAUAGCACUUAUAAUUCUUUUCCUAUCAAUACAAAUACAGAACAAAAUAAAAGUAAAAUAACAAGAAAAGGUACAAACAUAAAUUUAAUACAAACAGAAUAUGACACAAACUAUCAAAAUAAUGGAGCAUAUAACAAUUAUAUGGAGAACUCAUCAAAUAAUUUAAAUGAAUAUAAUCAAAUGGAUAACCAAAUCAAUAUGUAUAAUCAUAAUAUUAUCCAUAAUUAUGACCAUUCUGUUGAAAAUGGAGAGGUGCAGGCAAAUAUGAACAGAUCUGAUUUUGCAAAUACAGCUAUAGGUGGCUGUGAAAAUUAUUACAUGCUAGAUAAGAACAAUAGAAUGGUAGAUAUAAAUAAUAAUAUGAUACAAUAUGGAUCGAAUACAGUAUUAGAUUCUAGAAAUGUAAGUAUUUACAAUAAUAUUAAUGAAAAUAAUUUAAAUAAGAUAGAAAGGGGUAAUAGGAGCCAAGAUGAAGAUGAAGGGGAAGAUGAGAAUAACGAAGUGUCCAUAGGAAGGAAAGUAUAUGGUAGCAUUGAUGAUAAUAAUAAUGAUAGUAAUAAUAAUAAUAAUAAUAAUAAUAAUAAUAAUGAUAGUAAUAAUAAUUCUUCUUCUUAUUAUUAUAAUAAUUAUACUUGUUACACACAAAAUAGUAAUGUAAAUAAAUUAGACACAUAUAAAAUAGAAACAGGAACUAAAAUAAAAAAUGAUAUAUCUUUACAUAUAAAAAAAGAAAAGGAAUUUAAAAAUACAAAAAAUAUUUUAAAUGAUUAUGGUGUAAUAAAUAAAUGUGUAGAACAUGAUAAUGAGCAAUUACAAAAUCAAAUACUAAAAAAUGAACAUGAACAAAAUGGUAAAGAAGAAGAGGCUAAUGGUGUGGCAUUUUUACCAAGAGACAUUAAAAAAGUUGCAUAUAAUACAAAUGAAAAUAGUUAUAUGUAUAAUAACGAUACUAUUUAUAAAAAUGAAGAAUUAAAUAAAAAUAUAAAUUUAGGUGUAGAAAAAGGAUAUACUCAUUCUUCUUAUAAUAAUGUAUCUAUAAAUCAAACAGUAGAUUAUAAGGAAAACAAUAAUUACAAUGGAAAUAUAAAAUAUAAUUAUGAUAAUAGUGAUAUGAUACAUAAGGGAAUAAAUAUGAAUAAGGCAUCCAUAUUAUAUUCACAAAGUAAUAGAAUGAAUAUAAAUAAUAAAAUGAUGUCUGUACAAAACCAGGAAGAUAUUUCAAAAGAUGAAAAUGGAAACCCUGCAUAUAUGAUUCAUAAUACAAAUGGAAUAAAUAAAAAUAUUGCUGUUAAUAAUGAUAAUAGUGAUGAUAAUAAUAAUAAUAAUGAUGAUGAUAAUAAUAAUAAUAAUAAUAAUAAUAAUAAUAAUAAUGUGUAUCGUGAAGAAAAUGUUUCCCUUGGUUGUUUUAACAACGUUGAAGAAAAUAAUAACAUUAAUAAUAACAUUAAUAAUAACAAUAAUAAUAAUAAUAAUAAUUAUUAUUAUAAUUAUAAUUAUAAUUAUUAUAUUAAUGAACAAGUUCCUGGGACAAAGAUGCUAAACCAUAACAACAACUAUUUAUAUAAUAAUACAUAUGAUAUGGAUAAUAUAAAUGUAAACAACGUAAAUAUAAAUAAUAGAAAUAUUAACAAUAUUAACAAUAUUAACCAUAUUAAUAUGAAGAGUUUGGAUAAUAAUAAUAUAAAUAUGAUUAGUACAUAUAAUAUGGCAUUUAUAAAACACCAAACAAAUAAUGACAAUAAUAAUAAUAAUAAUGAUAAUAAUAAUAAUAAUAAUGAUAAUAAUAAUAAUGAUAAUAAUAAUGAUAAUAGUUAUAAUAAUAAUAGUUAUAGUAAUAAUAAGAGUGAUAAUAUGACUUCUAUUCUUCAUAACGUUAACGAUGUUUCUUAUGAUAAUUAUAAUGAUAUAGCUGCCGCUAUAAACAAUAAUUAUAUAAAUACAAAUAAUAUGUUAAUAAAUAAUAAGCACAUGCAACAAAAUAAUAAUUUCCAAGAUAUAAGUAAUAAUUCAAAUUAUAUAUCAAACCUAAAAAAUAAUAAUAAUAAUAAUAAUAAUAAUAAUUACUACAAUAAUAAUAACAAUUAUAUGAUUAAUCAUGAUCAUAGUAUGUACAAUAAAAAUGUACAAUCUAGCCAAAUGUCUUCUGAUAAUAUUCAUCUAACAAACCGCUUUGACAUAAAUCAAAAUGAUAUUCAACAAAAUAAUGUAGUAAUCAAUAAUAAUGAACUGAAUGAAAAUAUUCAGAUGAUCCCACAAAAUAAUAUAUACUUUGCAUCUACUUCAUCUAAUAAUAAUAUGAUGGCCAACUCUAAUUUUAUGUGUUCACAUGGUAAUAAUAAUAAUAAUAUGAUAUGUAAUUAUACAUCUUGUUCUAACCUUAUGAGACCACCCCAAAAUAACAUUAUUAAUAUUAAUAAUAUUAAUAAUAAUAAUAACAAUAAUAAUAAUAAUAAUAAUAAUAAUAAUAAUAAUAACAAUAAUAAUAACAAUAAUAAUAACAAUAAUAAUAACAAUAUUAAUAUAAGUACUAACGAACCAAAUAUAAUUCUUUCUUCGUCGUCAAUUAUAGAUUCUAAUAUGUGUGCAGUAUCAUCUAGCCUUGAACAUAACAAUUAUAAUGAAGAUAAUAAUUAUAAAAAUGAGUGUCUCAAUAAUAGUAAUAGCCCACAUAACAAUAUAAAUAAUAAAGAUCAGAAUUAUUUUAAACAAGAAAAUAAUUGUGCAGAUGAAGAAGGGAUUCAUGAGAACUAUCAAAAAAGUGUGAGUCUGAAUAUUAAUAUGAAACAUACUAAGAAUAAAAAAACUAAUAAUAGCGAUGGAAAGAAAAGGAGUAACAAGAAUAUAAAAGAAGAUAAGAAAAAUAAUGUGACAAAUAAUAAUGAAAAUAAUGGUAAAAGAAAUAAGAAAAUUCGAAAAGCCAAAACUUUUGGAGGUACCGUAAAAAAAGGAGGAACUAUUAUUAACUUAGAAGCAGAAUCACAACGUAUUAAAAGAACCCCUUUCUGUAUUUAUUCUUUAAACGAUAUAUGUAACCAUCUAAGAUAUGGUAAGAAAAGUGCCAAUUCUAUAAAUGGUAUGGUUAAAACAUCAUCGUGUAAUUGUGAGAUUCAUAAUGAUAUGAAAUGCGUCAAGCAGUAUAUUAACUUUUUAAUUGCUCAAAGAGAAAAAGAAAAAGAAAAAGAAAAAGAAAGAAUAAAUAAAGAGAAAAAACUAAAUGAAAAUGAAAAAAAAAAUGAUGAAGGAAACAAAAAUGAAGAGGAGAGUCAAAAUGAAGAGGAGAAUCAAAAUGAAGAAAAUAAUAUAAAAGAUAAUGAACAGAAAAGAAAAAACAAAAUAAUAAAAAAAAAAUGUGUACAUGGGAAAGCAUCUGAAAAAAAUACUGAAGAUAUAGAUACAUGUUGUAAUAACAAUAUAGAUGGUGAUCAUUGUAAAGAUAUGGAACAUUGUGAAGAUAUUGAACAAUGUAAAAAUGAUGAAAGCGAUAAGGAAAGUAAUAAUUUUGAAAAUAUUCUUGAAAAGUAUAAAGGAAUUUUUUGUAAUUAUGAAUAUUAUUUUGACAUAGAAGUAAAAUAUAACAGAGAAUAUUUUUUAAGAGAACUUUUAUUAAGGGAAGAAUUUAAGCAUUUAUAUAAUUUUAGUGAAUGUACAAACGUUACAUAUAAUGUACGAAGAAUGUGGCACCCAUUAUUUAAUAGACCUUUAGGUGAUAUAGGUAGAAAACUUAUAUUAAAAGAAAUACGUGAACAUCAUCAUAGAGAUGCUGAAAAAACUACCAAGUUAUUAUUAAAAAAUGGUUUAGAUUAUGGUAAAGUAAGAUUUAUGAAGGUUAAUGAAUUAUAUCAUUAUAUGUAUGCAUUAGGUGUUUUUGAAUAUGCUGUUAAAAUAUCCUUAGAGUUUGGUUCUAAUAUUAGAAUGAGUACUAUAAGUUCUAAAAUUGAUCAUGUUAAUUUAUGUAGUAAUAUUAAAAAUGGUUAUUCUUAUUGUCUUAUUUGUUGUUCUCAAAAAAUACGAAUCGGUGCUAUUAUAAAUAACACUAUAAAUUUAAUGAACUAUAAAAUUCUCUUUAAUAGUUAUGCUCAUUAUUUUUAUUAUUUUGUUAAAACAAAAAAAUUAAAAAGAGUGGCAAACCAAGAAGAAUAUGAAACCAUGGAACAAAUACUAAACAAGGAUUCUAAUAAUUUAGGUAAUAUAAUUAUAAUUAAGCAAAAAAAAAAUAAAAAAAAUAAAAAUAAAAAUAAAAAUAAAAAUAAUAAUAAUAAUAAUAAAAAUAAGGAUAAUUCAACUAGUUAUUUUAACAAUGAGCAACAAAUAUAUUCAAUGAAUAUAAAUCAUAAUAGUUUUAUAAAAAAAAAUUAUUUUCAUAGUAGUAAUAAUAAUUAUCAUCUUAAUUAUUAUACGGAUAGUAGUUAUUGUAAUAUUGAGGUGAUAGAUAAUCAGCACCUUCAUGAUGGUGUUUAUGAUCAAAAUAGUUGUAACAUACGACUUUCUUAUUGUAGUAAUACAAGUAAUAACCAAAAUAUAAAUUAUAAUAAUCAUGAACAUGAUAUUAAUAAUGAUAGUGAUUGUAGUACUAAAUGUGGGAGUAAUAAGAUAUACCUUGAUAGUAUUUAUAAUGAAAAUGAUGUAUUCAUAAGUAAUAAUAGUAAACAUAGUAAUAAAGAUGAUGAAAAGGAUAAGGGAGAAGAACAAGGAAAAGAAAAAAGUAAGCAAAGUAAAUAUCACAAAAAGGAUGACGUUUUAAAGAGGUACAGCAUGUAUUUAAAAGAUCCGCAAGAAAAUAACACAAAGAAAGAUAACAAAUCAAAAUUGAAUGAAGAUACACAGAAAUAUCCCAUAACAAAGAUUGUUGACAAUAAAAUUUUUCAUUUGAAAAAUUCUUAUCUUAUAGAUGAUGAUAGAAAUGAAAUCAGUUCAUUAUCCAUAAAUUAUCAAGCCCAAAAAGAAUGUCAUAUAUAUUAUCCAAACGGGGGACAAGUAGAACGUUUUAAAAAUGAAAUAGUAAAUAUUAAUAUAGACAACAGAAAUAUUGAGCACAUGCAAAAUAAUAAUAUUAAUGAAGAUAAAGCGAAUGAAAAAACGGACAACUAUAGAAAUGAUGAUCAUAAUAAUAAUAAUAAUAUUAAGAAGAAGAGGAGUAAAAAAAAUAAAAAAACCGAUGGGGAUAAUGUUGUUGUUGAUGAUGAUGAUGAUGAUGAUGAAAGUAGCAGCGCUUCUGAAUAUGAUAGUAAUAAAAGAAAAGAUGAUCAUCAUAAAGAUGAUAAUGAUGAUGACAAUAACAACAACAAUAAUAAUAAUAAUAAUAAUAAUAAUAAUAGUUAUAGUAAUAAAAAUAAUAAUUAUUAUUAUUAUUAUCAAUAUGAUUAUCAUAAAAACGAAUGUAAUAGAUAUUACCAAUAUAGAGAAAACGACCAUAAUUUAGGAAACAAUAAAACUAAUUAUAAUAAUAAUAAUAAUACUCCAUAUAACCAUCAAAGAUAUUAUAAUAAUAACAUACAUUGUAAAAAACAUGAUAAUAAUAUAUGUUUUAAUAACACAAAUAAUUAUCCUAAUAAUAUAAAUAAAUAUAUUUCUAAAGGAAUUACACAUGAUAAUGAAAAAAAAAAUCUAAAAAAUAAUAAAAUUUUAAAAUAUGGAAACACAUAUAAUGAAACCAAUUUUAUUAAUAAUCCUACAGAUAUAUCAACAAUAAAAAAGGAUAUGAUCUUAUAUUCUCCUGAAAAGAAAAAUACAAAUGAAAAUGUCAUAAAAUUUAUUCCUGAUGAAAAAAUUAUAUGGUCCAUUUUAAAAAGUGAUAUAUCACCAAACUUAACACAAUUUUUUUUUAAUUUUAUUAUAAAAAAAAAUCAAUAUAAUUUUUUUUUAAACAAAAGUUAUAUAAACUAUGACAAUCACAUGGAUGAUAUUUAUGUUCAUAAGACAGAUGCAAACACAACAGGUGCAUAUAAAAAUUAUCAAAAUAGAUCAUAUAUAAAUAGAAAUAAUGUAUCGAAUGCAUAUAAUAACUUAAAUUGUUACACAUAUAAUAAACAUCUUGAUGGUGGAAAUCUAGAUAUUAAUGAUGCUACAUUUAUAGAUAAAAAACAAUCUGCGGAAAAAUAUUUUUCCCAAAAUAAAUCCUGGAUAAAUCAAAAAUCUAUGGAAUAUAUAAAUAAUUAUAAUAAUAUAAAUAUAAUACAAAGAGAUAAUAAAAACAUAGAGAAAGACAAAACUAACCAAAACUAUAUUCAUAUAAACAAUGUGCAUAAAGUAUCUAGUGAUAAUAUAUUAAGAACACACACGGAAAUUAUUGUUCAACAUAAAGAUAUGUCGAAAAAAGAAAAUGACAUCAAAUAUUAUACAAAUAACCAUCUUGAUGUAUAUGUAACUAACGAUAAAUUAUAUUAUAAUAAUAAAAAAUUAAAGAAAUUAUUUAAAGAAAUAAAAAACAAUAAAUUAUGUAAAUAUAUACUUGCUAAAAUUAAAGAAAUAAAAUGUAAUAAAACAUAUAUGGAAAAUAUAAAAACGAAUAAUAAAAAAAGAAAACGAAAUAUAACAUAUCCAUAUUUUAUGUUCUAUCGAAUACAUAAUUUCUUAAUUAACCCUAACCCUUUUCAUAAUUCUUUUUUUCUUAAUGAAAUGAAUUAUGGAUCCCUUAUGCAUAAUUGUACUAUGUAUCACAAAAAAGUAAAUAAAAAAAUAAAAACAAAAAAUAACAGCAACAACAAUAAUAAUAAUAUUAAUAGUUAUUGUUGUAGUUGUAGAGGUGGGGAUGUAUCCAACAUAUGGGAAAACAUAAAUAAAAAUUGUCCACAUAAACAUUUCUUAUCACAUAAACAUUUAUAUAAUGAACACAAAGAAGAAGACCAAGAAGGGAAAAAAAAAAAAAAAAAAAUCAAAAAAAGAAUUAAAAAAAUUUUCGAAUUUGCACAAAUUUUUAAAAACAUGUCACAAAAAAAAAAAGAAAAUAAGAAAGAAGAAAAUCUACAUUUAUAUAAUACCGACAAAACAUGUAAGGACUAUAGAACCUUAAGAUAUAAAGAACAACUUCUUCAUGAACACAUUCUAUUUAUCAAUUCAAAAAAAUAUAACGAUCAAAUUAUACAUGUUAAUGAAUAUAUGAAAAAUGAAGAAGAAAUGAAUUUAACAUCUAAUUGUUUAAAAGAUAAUUUACAAAAUGUAAAAAAUAAUGAUGAUGAAAAUAAAUAUAUAGAUAAUGAAGUUGAUAAUAUUUCAAUAGAUGAUACAUAUAAAAAAAAAAAAAAAAUUUGGUCAUGUUUUCCAGAUUUUGAAAAAUCAAGGAGAUUAAAAUUUAUAAGAAAAAAGAAAAAACAAAAAACAAAGUUUAAGAAAAUUAUACGUUAUUUAAUUCAAAACUAUAAAAUAAAAAAUAUAAAUCAAACAAAUCAUCAUAAAAAUAAUUUUCAUGCUGAUGUUUAUUUUAAAAACAAUGAUAUAAAUCAAAAAGGUAAAAACAUCAAAAAUACUCAUAAAAUACGAAAUAAUACAAAACAUAUUUUCAUUUAUCUAAUAUCACAUACUAAUAUAGUAAAACAUAAAAAUAAAACUUUCUCUAUAUAA